GUGUUGUUAUGUGGGGGGCCUCGCAAUGAUGGCGCAGGGCGGAGCUCCAGCUUGUAGUACGUGUGCCUCUUCACAGUGAGAAAGCUAGCUUUUCAGCAACAAGAGGUCGAAAUUAUGGUGUUACUCGAAAAUGAUUCGUUUCUCACAGAGCUCACUCGGCUGUUUCAGAAGUGCCGAACGUCAGGGAGUGUCGUCAUCACACUAAAGAAGUAUGACGGUAGAACUAAACCAGUGCCUAAAAAAGGGCACCCGGAGUCAUUUGAACCUGCUGAUAACAAGUGUCUCCUCAGAGCAUCUGAUGGCAAGAAGAAAAUAAGCACAGUGGUCAGCACCAAAGAAGUAAUCAAGUUUCAGAUGGCAUACUCCAACCUCCUAAGAGCUCACAUAGAUGGUCUUAAGAAGAAAGAUAAGAAAAGCAAGAGCAAGAAAACCAAAGCCACACAAUGAGCGAUAGACUCUUUAUGAAAACAGUGGAUAUCUGAACUUUCCAUUUCAGUUUGAGGAAAAGGGAUGGGGCACCUUGUGAUGAUGUGAUCUCCAGCCCCACUAGGCUCUCUUCCUGCUCGCCUGAAAAAUUCAGAAUCAUCCUCCUGGUGACUGUGUAGAUAUGAUGCCGUCGUUUACAUGGUGAUGCAUUAUCCCUGACUGUUAAGUGCCAUCCGGUGAUUAAGAACAAAACCUGAGGAUUUUAAUUUUCUUGUACAAUAUGGAGCAUGUGACCAUUAAUUGAAUCUGAACCUUUUAAAAGUUGGGGAAAGCCCUGCUUCUCCGGGGGCCAAUCCCACACAGUCCAGUGCUUACCAGCCUUUGAUUUAGCUUGUUAAUCCUUAUUUAUGUUGUGCAGGGUUGGCAUUUUUAAUUUAGGUAAAUCGUUCCUUUUUUCAUAGUUUGAAAGUGGUUGUAUGGGAAUAGAGCUAAAUCAAUUUGUGAUUGUUCAGCAUAAUUUAUGUCUAGGUUUCAUUUCUGUACAAUCACUAACAAUUGUCCCCCUUUCUAUUUACAUGGUCAGACUAUGCUGUACCUAUCAAAAAGGUUUUGUAUUGUUCCUUCAUGUUCUUCAAUCAAGGCAUCAGAAUUUAAGUUCAGAAAUAAAGUUUUGUUAAUCUC